AGAGGGCAGAGCUUUGCGAAAGCACGCCAAAAAAUUAUCCAUUUCGCCGCUGGAAAAAAAAAAAAAAGCCAGUGGAUGAUAACAGUUGAGGGUGAAAUCAGACGGACUAAACGUCAGAAGCUAAUUAAGUCCAAGGAGCGAGAAGAAACGGCAGGAACGCAAACCCCCCCUGUGCUGCGGCAGGGCGGUCGUUGGACACCGAGAGCCGCUGCCUGAUGACAGUAAAGACAAUAUUACUAUUUUCACCCGGAUCCUAGACAGGCUGCUGGAUGGAUAUGACAACCGGCUACGUCCCGGGCUCGGAGAGAGUGUCACAGAAGUGAGGACAAACAUCUAUGUGACGAGUUUUGGGCCGGUGUCAGACACAGACAUGGAAUACACUAUUGAUGUCUUCUUCCGUCAAAGCUGGAGGGACGAGAGGCUAAAGUUUGAUGGUCCAAUGCAAGUUCUUCCGCUCAACAACCUGCUGGCCAGUAAAAUCUGGACGCCCGAUACCUUCUUUCACAACGGGAAGAAAUCUGUGGCCCACAACAUGACAACUCCUAACAAACUGCUACGACUAGUUGACAAUGGCACACUGCUCUACACAAUGAGGUUGACUAUCCAUGCAGAGUGCCCAAUGCACCUGGAGGAUUUCCCGAUGGAUGCGCAUGCCUGUCCUUUGAAGUUUGGAAGUUAUGCUUACACCAACAACGAGGUGAUCUACCUGUGGACCCAAGGAGACGAGAGAUCUGUGUCUGUGGCAGAGGACGGCUCCAGGCUUAACCAGUAUGACUUACUGGGUCACGUCAUUGGCAAAGAAACCAUCAGUUCCAGCACAGGAGAAUAUGUAGUGAUGACAACAUAUUUCCAUUUGAAACGGAAAAUUGGCUAUUUUGUGAUUCAAACCUACCUUCCUUGCAUCAUGACUGUCAUACUGUCUCAGGUCUCCUUCUGGCUAAACAGGGAAUCAGUUCCUGCGCGCACUGUGUUCGGGGUCACCACUGUGCUGACCAUGACCACGCUGAGCAUCAGUGCUAGAAACUCCCUCCCUAAGGUGGCCUAUGCCACUGCCAUGGACUGGUUCAUGGCUGUGUGCUAUGCCUUCGUCUUCUCCGCCUUGAUAGAGUUCGCUACAGUCAACUACUUCACCAAACGCAGCUGGGCGUGGGAUGGGAAAAGAGAGGGCAUGGAAAUAAGGGAACCGUUUCAGGCUAACAUGGCCAGGAUUAAAGAUAUGAGAAGAGAAUCUGCCACUUUGUCCAAAAAGGCCAACAACACCUUCAACAUCGUCGGGACCACCUACGGCAUCAACGUCGCCAAAGACCAAGGUUUAACGACAAUUUCCAAGAGCGCCCCGGCACCUUCGGCCAAGCACUCCUUUCUGCACAAAAUGGACGACCCCUACACAGAGGCCAAGAAGUCCUACAACCGCGUCAGCAAAGUGGACAAGAUAUCGCGCAUCAUUUUCCCAGUCCUCUUCUUCAUCUUCAACUUAGGCUACUGGGCGACGUACGUCAACAGAAAGCCAGCCAUCAUGAAGGCAAACAACCUAAACUGAAUUCAACCAAAAUGUUAGCUUUGGAAGAUAGUUAGGUUUGCAUUAAGCCAAGUCCAUCACAUCUUAAAAGUGUGUAUGUGUGCGCGCGCAUGUUCUGUGUGUCUGUUUUUUUUUUUCUUUCUUUCUUAAACGUUUGAUAUUUUUGCACGACUGUGCUGUUAGGAGGCAAAUCCAGUUUGCGUUCAACUCACCUGCAGUGGCGGACCCGGGAGGAAAGACAUCCUCGCAUCAGUCUGUGUUUGUGCAGCGUCUCCUUUUCUCCAAUCCACACUGGCUGUAGCUCUGGCCCCCCCGUUUCCCUGUCGUGGUUAAUCCUUUUGCUGUGUCUCGAUUGCCUGCCGUUUCGUACAGUAGUCAGGUUUGUGCGUCCACCGUUCUGAAACGUCGGGGUAUUUGCUUACAAUAAGUUAGCACACGCAUGCGUUUUCUGUUUUUAGCGUCACCCAUUGCUGGCGUUGAGGCGCUGACACACUGUACGCACACAGACACACACCGAUCCUGCAGAAAACACAAGGAAAGCCAUUCGCUGGUCGCUUUAUUGUGCUCUGUUAGUUGGGGCAGCCUGUAUAGUUUUAUAGGAACAUCAUUAAUAAUUGUCAAAGUCUGGCCUUCAGCCCCGGCUGAAUCUCGACACACACAAUACAGCCACAAAGGGCUGCCUGUACAUUUUCUAGUCCACUGGCUCUUAUUGUUUUAACUGGCUGAUUAUGUUUAAUGACAGAUAAUAUAUGUGCCUUGGUGAACACACUCAUCUUAAAGAAAAAAAAGAGGCUGACAUGCUCACAUUUGCAUUCCCAACAGUGCUUUUCAAAGGUAUUUGAACCCCUUAAACCUUUUCACAAUUUGUCCUGCAGCAACCACAACCUGGAAUGUAUUUUGUUGAGAUUUUAUGGGACAGAUCAACACAAAGUAGUGCAUGAUUGUGAAGCGGAAGGAAAAUUAUGCAUAAUAAUCUUAUUUUGGUAAAAUAUUUUAAAAAAAAAGUGCAGUUACAGCUGCACAUCUCUUGGGUUGUGUCAUUGAUUUACUGAAAAAUAACUUAAACUCAGUCAGAUUGGCUAGAAAGCAUCAGCCUAGUCUUUCAUGUUUUGCCACAGAUUCUCGAUUAGAUUCCGGUCUGGACUUUGACUGGACCAUUCAAACAAAUUAAUAUAAUUUGGUCUAAAUCCGAAAUGUCAAGCUCCAGACCUCAAGAGUAAAUGUGGAGAGUUAGUUCUCUCCAACACAGUGUUUUGUGUGUAGACCAGUAGAUUCAGUUUUGCUCUCAUCAGACCAAAGUACCUUCAUGGCUUAUGGCAAACUGCAAACAGGGCUGUUAAAGGUCUAUAUGUGAUAAGUUGAACACAUACAGACGCCUGUUGCGUUUAUUUCAAAUGUGUUUUAGUCCAUCCUAAAGGAGCUUGCGUGGGGUAGUGGGGACAGUGUGGCGCUGUACAGCCAAUAUGUGGUCUUUAAAGGGGACUAAAAUGAAGAUGAAGACAGAAAUCCUGGAACGUCUGUGAUGUGGUAAAUGACCAAACAGACCCCUUCUUCUACGGGCAGUGCUGUCUCCUUCUGGGAAUUCUUCUUUUGCCCAGACAUGUCCGCUUUUCAUGUUCUGUACAUGGUACCCAAAGAGAAGACUAAUGAAAACGUCCCGCUUUCAUCAUUUUCCCCGGAUCUGUAGACGUGUACUUAAAUUGGCUGGUGCCAUGCUUGGAAUACAACAGCAUUUUACGCAUGUUACAUCAUCUGCUGCCAUGAGUGUGGUUCUUCUCCGCUCCGAGACGGACCCGCUCUUCACAAGAUCUCAAAGCACCAGUGUACCUUUAACGACAAAACCGCAAAAGAAAUUUCCCUCAUAUCAUCCCGAAUGGGACAAAUGGGUGGCCGGGUGCGUCGACACAAAGCUGGCAUGUGUGUUUCCGUGUACGAAAAAAGAGCGGUAGAUCUAGUCCAUCUCACAUGGUCACAGAAAAGAUGUUGUUACACCGGGUAAAAGGGUUACGGAGCACCAGAAGUGGACUAAUAUGUCUUGAGAAGGCCACUGAUGCAGAGCCAGUGGACCAGGAGAGGAGCUAGCUAGCUGUUUGCCAGCUAGCUCCUCCCCAGCUAGCUGUUUGCUAGCUAGCUUUCUGUUGAGUCUAUGAUGGGGAUUCUGCUUGUUUAAUAGAGUUUUUGAAAGACCCUUCUUGCAAUGACUUCGAGAGCGACAUUACCUAGCCACCGUGUCAUCUUCAGAAAGGCUUUGAAAGCAUGAGGCAGACUGAUUUAGGUACGCUAAGGGAGCAGAAAUGUGCCUUUAUAGCGUUCUUUUCUUCUCGCCAUUCCUUGCUAAAGGCCAGCCUUGAUGGACGGCACAGCGACCAGUGAUCCUGUCCACAGAUCAGAUUCUCCCACCUGAGCAGUGAAUUUCUCCAGCUCCUCCCGAGUUACCAUUGGCCUCUUGGCUGCUUGGCUUAUUGAUGCCGCCCUUUAACUAAUGGUCAGAAACAAACCUCUGAGGCCUCACAGGUCAACACCAUUAAUUAGGUGACUUGUAAAGGCGAUUAGUUACCCUGCACUAUAUCCAUACCGGGGGCUGGACACAAUUGUUCAUAUUUGCAUUUAUAUAGGGUUUAAAACUAUGUAUCAUUUCCCUUUCACUUUAAACUUAUGCAGCAUUUUGUGUUGGUCUAUAACAAAACAUCCAAAAAAAAUUGUAGUUAGAGGUUGCAAUGUGACAAAAUGAGAAAAUAGUUUUAAGGUCAGUACCUUGCAAAAGUGUCCAUGAUCUCUGUCGGGUCUCUGUUCUGCAGUGAAUGGCUAUUCCUUCCCUAACCCAGCCCACAGACAUAGAAACCCAGACUGAAACUGCCUCUUAGUAUGAAGGGUUUACAGACCAAUUCCUGUGAGAAGACCUUGCAAAGAGAUUAAAGGCUCCAGUGUUGUCAAGAACAACUAUCAUGUAAAUUUAUGUUUUUGAGGGAGCAAGCUAACCAACAAACGACCACCUUUACCUCAGAAUGAAGACAAAUUCUGAAUUACAGUUUAAAAAGUGCAAAUGAUCAGAAAACAAUCUCUCUUUGUCAUUAAUUUUUGGAGCCUAUAUUUUACCUGUUUUCCUUGCAUUUGUUGCUGUUCCAAAAUGUUUAUGAUUUGUCUGUUAAUGAGCGGCGGUUAGAAUCUAAGCUAUGCUUUUAUGCUUUCUCGUGGACGGUGUAUUAGUGUUGAUUUUUACCGUCCAUAUGCUGUACUGGUUUUUAUGUUUCUGCCGUUGACAACAAAAGCAAUGCAUCAUACUGGGAAUUCAAAUUAUCUUCAGAGACAGUUUGAGAAAACUUUGCAAAAAUAUUGCAUCAAACUGACAGAGAGGACAAAUAUCAUUCAAGGGGAUUAUAUUGUGAUAAAUGCUGAUCAGAGUUCCAUCAGAUUUGGCUAUUAAGCAUCUGCUUUUGUUUCAAUCAGACAAUCUGUCUUAUGUAUUUAUACAAUCUGAUGCUAUAAGAAUAUGGUGUUUAUUUGUUUAUUUAUUUAUUUAUUUAUUUGCCAGAUGCAUUAUGGAUAUUUCUGAGUAUUUUUAAUAUAAACUCCCUGGGAGAUGCACUUGAGACCCAAAUAUGCACUGGAUUACAACAAACUGUAAGGUUGGACUGGGGAGGUGGCAGAGUGUACUAUGUUGUGGCUUCUGUAAAAGGUUGUCAGCCAAUCAUGUACAGUGUACCAGCCAUUGUUUCUGCAUGAUAAUCUGUACAUGUUUAUUGUUGCAAUGUCUGUAACAUGCAGCAGUGGUAUGUUAUAAACUUUGUCACCUACAAAUAACCAGUUGCACAAACACUUAACUCCAUUCAUUUCAACAUGCUCCUGUGAGGCUUGUGCUUUGCGAUGAGAACGGACCUCUGAAAGUGUUUUCCUUUGCUUAGUUUACAGCUAAACACACGGAUCCACUAGAUUGACUCAGCAUCUGUCUCCAUUUACCUUUAACAAGGUGUCUGUAGGGUCCUAAGAAGUCUAAAAAAGCCUUAAUUUGUGUCAAUUUAGGCCUUACAAAGUCUCUGAUGCAUCAGGAUUUCCCACACUAUGUCUUCAGUUGCAUCUUAUUCUGUCUUAAAUUUCAGCUCCUAAUACUGACAUUUUGUAGUUUCCGAAUUAAACUUAAAACAGUCUUGCCACAUUUUUCACUAUUAUCUCCUUCGUCAUUGUAUUUUUAUGUGGUUUGAUUCAAAAACUGAGAUAUCAAUAGUUCCCAAAAAUCUUCAUUAUGCUCAUUGGCAUAAUGAAGAUUAUUGUUUAUUAAUUAAUGUGUUAAAGUUGGGUAAGAGCUUUGGAGUCACAUGUCGGAUUGAAAAAAGUUUUCAAUGUUAUAUUUAACUUGUUUGUGAAACCAGAUUAGUCAAAUAGAAGUUAGUAUGCUUAGUAAGUGAUGAAGAUAGCGUUAAAAAAUAUUUUUUUUAAUUCUUGACUAUCUUUAAUUAAAGUACCAAAGAUUGUAAAAAGAUGUUAAAACAUCUUGAAUUUAUAUUUACCAGACUUACAGAAAUCCUGUUUAAAAUGGGCGAAACACACUUGAAUGAACAUUUAAACCAGUAAUUCUCAAUUUAGUAAAGAUAGCUUGACUGUAACGAUUCGCCAUCAUCUAUAAAAGCAUAUUAUACAAAAAUUAUUAAAUGAUAGUUUGAAUUUUUUUGUGAUGAAGAGAUCAAACUGAAAUGGUAGGGAGCCCGAGUCUUAAACUAACUGCAAUUAUUGUAUUUUUUUUGUGCAGCAAAGUCAAGACUAAGACUUACCUUGGCAGUAUACGUUUGGAUUAGACGCAGAUGGAGUCUAAUCCUCCUGCCUACAGGCAGUAACUAAUUCAGAACUCGUUGACUUAAAUUACGUUUGAUUAGCAGAAGUACCAGGAUUGAGGUUACAGUAGAUUGGUGGCUCUGAACAAAAUAGCUUAAUGUCUCAACUGAUAUGCAUAAAAUAUACUAAUGUCACCAAUAGUCUCUAACCAUAGAAGUAUCUGGAAAAAUGUGGGCCUAUAGCCAAACACAUACAGUCACUAUACAGUCUCGUAGUUAUUAUUUUAGCAUUUAGAACUUUCAGCAACGGACAUCCUUUGCCAAAAUAUGCAAAUGUUGUUUUCCUUUUUCAUAUCGGGUCACAUUAUAAGCACAAAUUGUAAUGUGUCUUACUGGAAUUUUAAGUGGUUGGCUGCCUUGAUUUGUCCAGUUAUUAACUCUGAUCGGCUUCCCGUUUUCCAGCUAACCCAUCUCCACAGCGUGAUGCCGUCCCCACCAUGCUUCUUUGAUGCCAGCGUGACAACGCAUUAAAACACUUUUACAAAGCGCUUUAAACAGUAAACUGUAUUUGUAUUUCGCAAUUCAAAGUAAUUUAAUAAUGUAGGCUUCAGGUCAUCUUCCACCGUUUAAAACGAUUGCUUUUUAAUCUCGUUUCAAAUCGUUCAAAUUGAAUCAAAGUCCGUUUUUACUUUCCCCCCUUUAUCUUUACCUGUGUUUUAUAGCUGAGGACCAAACAAGGGAAACCACUUUCAGAGCUGCACAAUUAAAGCUUCUGCUUUACACGAUAAAAUCACCGUCACCCAGCCUGGAGAGAUUCAUCUCUGAAUGACUACAGCAAACAGAACAUGUAAAGGGGAAAAAAAAGUCAACUUUAUCAUUUGCAGUACAGUUUUAGGAACACACAUGCAUACUUCAGUCAGUAGGAUAAACAGGGAAGAUGUAUAUUUUGGUCUCUUUCUUCCUCACACAGCUUUGAUAAACAGGACUCUACAGUUCUGUUGCCAUUCAGGUUGGGGUUUGAUCUUAUUAUGUGGUAUUUUCCAUACAGGGGCCAGAGUUGAAUUCACUAUAACCAUGUCAUCCUAUACAGUGAGCUACAGUAUAUUAAGAGUAUAAUACUAUGUGAAUAUAUUUAUGCUAAUAAGUACAGCAUUAAAUAUUAAGUUUUAUACAACAUAACCUCUACAGCACAGAUGCAACGGUGUUGAUGCGUAGAAAGCUGUAGAAAAAUAGAUCAAAUAAGGAGAUUAAUAACGGCAAAAAAAAAACUUGUUUAAAAAGUGUAAUUAACUUGUGAAUUUGUAGAUAUUGUGGAAUCAAUUCCGAUAGUUUUUUGUUUGUUUUUUUUUGGUGAAUAUUGAUAUGUCAUGUCCUUUAUUUUUACAUCAUAUAGAUACUGCUGUCUAACGUCGCGCUCUGUAACACUAAGUGUUAUGGUAGUAAAGAACAGUAGAGAUAAUAUUCAUCCGGCUACUUACAAGAUCGGUACCUUGUGUGCACUUUCCAAACCUAACUGUGAAUUAGCAGCUGUCUGCAAGCAGAGUUGUACACACUGUGUUCUCCUUCCAGCGAUUUCACUGCAUGUCCCUCCGCAUCGAGAGAUCAAAGACUUCCUCCGCAAAGACUGCUCCGGGAACUUUGUGGACUUUGUGAUUUUAGUGGGAAGUUGUUCUCUAUAUGCCCAGUGACUGGACUCUGUAUGUUACACUUGUUUGUGUGCUUACUGUAUGAGAUGUAGCAAAUGGAAAUAGGGAUUAAAAGGACAUUGUAUUUUG